GGAGUCCAGGAGGGUCCGAGGAGGGUCGGACCGGGAAAGCAGCCCGACGCAGAGCCGCCGCCGCGGCGGGCGCCUGAAACUUUGGGAAAUAGAACCGGAGCCACCAGACGAGAGAGAGCCGGGCCUUGCCCAGAAACAUGGACAGUUGCUACGACCCAGGCCUCGAUGGGAUCAUUAAAUACGAUGGUUUCAAAUACAACCCGACUGUUGUAGAACCCAGGGAGCCUGUGCCAGAGACAGCUAAUGGGCCCUAUCUGGUGAUUGUGGAACAGCCAAAGCAGCGAGGCUUUCGGUUCCGAUAUGGCUGUGAAGGCCCUUCCCAUGGAGGACUGCCAGGUGCUUCCAGCGAGAAGGGACGGAAGACGUACCCCACAGUCAAGAUCUGUAACUACGAGGGACCAGCCAAGAUCGAGGUGGACCUGGUAACACACAGUGACCCGCCUCGUGCUCAUGCCCACAGCCUGGUGGGCAAGCAAUGCUCGGAGCUGGGGGUCUGCGCUGUGUCUGUGGGGCCCAAGGACAUGACUGCCCAGUUCAACAACCUGGGCGUCCUGCAUGUGACCAAGAAAAACAUGAUGGAAAUCAUGAUACAGAAACUUCAGCGGCAGCGCCUCCGUUCCAGGCCUCAAGGACUUACAGAGGCAGAGCGGCGAGAACUGGAGCAGGAGGCCAAAGAGCUGAAGAAAGUAAUGGACCUGAGCAUUGUUCGGCUGCGCUUUUCUGCCUUCCUUCGAGCCAGCGAUGGCUCCUUCUCCCUGCCCCUGAAGCCGGUCAUCUCCCAGCCCAUCCAUGACAGCAAGUCCCCUGGUGCCUCUAACUUGAAGAUUUCUCGAAUGGACAAGACAGCUGGCUCUGUACGUGGUGGAGAUGAGGUUUAUCUGCUUUGUGACAAGGUGCAGAAAGAUGACAUUGAAGUUCGCUUCUAUGAGGAUGAUGAGAAUGGAUGGCAGGCCUUUGGGGACUUCUCUCCCACAGACGUUCAUAAACAGUACGCCAUUGUGUUCCGAACUCCUCCCUAUCACAAGAUGAAGAUCGAACGCCCGGUCACUGUGUUCCUGCAACUGAAGCGCAAACGUGGGGGCGACGUCUCUGACUCCAAACAGUUCACCUACUAUCCUCUGGUAGAAGACAAGGAAGAGGUGCAGCGGAAGCGGCGGAAAGCCUUGCCCACCUUCUCCCAGCCUUUCGGGGGAGGUUCCCACAUGGGUGGAGGCUCAGGGGGCUCAGCUGGCGGUUACGGAGGAGCAGGAGGAGGAGGGGGCAGCCUGGGCUUUUUCCCCUCCUCUUUGGCUUACAGCCACUACCAGUCGGGCGCGGCCCCCAUGGGCUGCUACCCGGGAGGUGGAGGCGGGGCGCAAAUGGCCGCUGACGGGGAACCAGCUUCCGAACCCAGCACGCCCUCCGAGACCCCCCAGCAAGGACUGCAAGCCUCGGAGCAGCUAAGGCAAGCCCGGGAGUACAACAUGCGCCUGUUCGGCCUGGCGCAGCGCAGCGCCCGAGCCCUCCUGGACUACGGCGUCACGGCAGACGCGCGCGCGUUGCUGGCUGGACAGCGCCACCUCCUGACGGCCCAGGACGAGAACGGAGACACGCCGCUGCACUUGGCCAUCAUUCACGGGCAGACCAAUGUCAUCCAGCAAAUAGCACAGGUCAUCUGCAAUGCCCAGCACCUUGGCGUGGUCAACCUCACCAACCACCUACAACAGACACCUCUGCACCUGGCGGUGAUCACAGGCCAGAUGAGCGUGGUGAGCUUCCUGCUGCAGGUGGGCGCAGACCCUACACUGCUGGACCGCCAUGGAGACUCAGCACUGCACCUAGCCCUGCGUGCCGGAGCCUGUGCACCCGCCCUGCUGCGCGCCCUACUGCAGAGCGGGCUCCCCAGUGUGCCCCCACUGCUGCAUGUGCCUGACUUCGAAGGGCUGUACCCACUACACCUGGCAGUGCGCAUGCGGAGCCCCGAGUGCCUGGACCUGCUGGCUGACAGUGGGGCUGAAGUGGAAGCUGCGGAGCGGCAGGGAGGCCGGACAGCCCUACAUCUGGCCACAGAGAUGGAGGAGCUGGGACUGGUCACCCACCUGGUCACUAAGCUCCACGCCAAUGUGAACGCCCGCACCUUCGCGGGGAACACCGCUCUCCACCUGGCAGCGGGCCUGGGGUCCCCAACGCUCACUCGCCUCCUGCUCAAGGCGGGCGCUGACAUCCACGCUGAGAAUGAGGAGCCCCUGUGCCCACUGCCCUCACCCCCCAGCUCUGGGAGUGACUCAGAGUCCGAGGGGUCAGAGAGGGACACCUCAAGCAGUUUCCGAGGCCACACACCUCUUGACCUCACUCGCAGCAACAAGGUGAAGACUUUGUUGCUGAAUGCUGCUCAGGACAUCACAGUGCCCCCUCUGACUCCACCCAGCCCAGCAGCACCAGAGCUGCCCCUUGAGGAGCCAGCGCUGCAACACCUGGAACACCUGCUGGACCAGCCGAGUGCACAAGGCGGCUGGGCGGAGCUAGCAGAGCGGCUGGGGCUUCGAAGCCUGAUAGACACAUACAGGAAGACGGAAUCCCCAAGCGGCAGCCUCCUGCGCAGCUACAAGCUGGCUGGUGGGGACCUGGCAGGGCUGUUGGACGCCCUGUCCGACAUGGGCCUGGAGGAGGGAGUCCGGCUCCUGCGGGGCCCAGAGACCCGAGACAAGCUGCCCAGUCCAGUGGAGAUGAAGGAGGACAGUGCAUAUGGGAGCCAGUCGGUGGAGCAGGAGGCUGAGAAGCUGGGCCCACCCCCCGAGCCGCCAGGAGGGCUCUGCCAUGGCCACCCCCAGCCACAGGUGCACUGACUGCACCCCUCCAGCCCCUUUCGGGCCACUCUGUACAGCCCCUGCCUGAUCCAGCUCUUAUUUAACACCCCAUGUCCCCCAUUAGUGGGGAACCAAUAAAGAAUUCUCAUGGGAGAGGGAGGAGGCC